CGCGGGUGCCCGCGCCCCUGCCUCGGCGGGCCGUCCCGAGGCGCCCCGAAGCUCGUCCGCCGGCCGCCGGUGCUCCGCGGCCCUGCCCAUGGCUCAGCCCGAGAGCCGACUUCGGGCGCCGGACCGGCUCGACAGCGGCGCGGCUCAGUAACCGGCGGCCCGCGCCCCCCAUGUGUCCCUGAGCGGGAGGCAGCGAAGCCACCAUGGUGUCCCGCACGGCCGCGCUGCUCCUGGGCGCCGUGCUGCUGGCCGCCCAGCUCCCGCUGGUGCCUUCGCGCCCCGCGGCGCCGGGGGCCGAGCCGGGCAGAGCCGCCACCCUCCAGGGCGAGGGCCGGGACGGCGCGGCCCCCAACGGCUCGGCCCAGCAGCUGCCGCAGACCAUCAUCAUCGGGGUGCGCAAGGGCGGCACGCGCGCGCUGCUGGAGAUGCUCAGCCUGCACCCCGACGUGGCCGCCGCCGAGAACGAGGUCCACUUCUUCGACUGGGAGGAGCACUACAGCCAGGGCCUGGGCUGGUACCUGGGCCAGAUGCCCUUCUCGUCCCCGCACCAGCUCACGGUGGAGAAGACCCCCGCGUACUUCACGUCGCCCAAAGUGCCUGAGCGCGUCCACAGCAUGAACCCGGGCAUCCGGCUGCUGCUCAUCCUGCGGGACCCGUCCGAGCGCGUGCUGUCCGACUACACCCAAGUGUUCUACAACCACGUGCAGAAGCGCAAGCCCUACCCGUCCAUCGAGGAGUUCCUGGUGCGCGACGGCCGGCUCAACGUGGGCUACAAGGCGCUCAACCGCAGCCUCUACCACGUGCACCUGCAGAACUGGCUGCGCUUCUUCCCGCUGCGCCGCAUCCACAUCGUCGACGGCGACCGCCUCAUCAGGGACCCUUUCCCCGAGAUCCAGAAGGUCGAGAGGUUCCUGAAGCUGUCACCGCAGAUCAACGCCUCGAACUUCUACUUCAACAAAACCAAGGGCUUUUACUGCCUGCGGGACGGCGGCCGGGACCGCUGCUUGCACGAGUCCAAAGGCCGGGCGCACCCCCAAGUCGACCCCAAACUCCUCAAUAAACUGCACGAAUAUUUUCACGAGCCAAAUAGGAAAUUCUUCGAGCUUGUGGGCAGGACAUUUGACUGGCACUGAUUUGCAAUAAGCUAGGCUCGGAACCUUUCCUAUUGUAAGUUCUGGUGUACAUCUAGGGGAGAAAAACAACAACAACAACAACAAAGAAUUUUAAAAGGGCAUUUAAGCUAUAAUUUAUUUGUAAAAUCCAUAAAUUACUUCUGUACAGUAUUAGAUUCACAAUUGCCAUAUAUACUAGUUAUAUUUUUCUACUUGGUAAAUCGAGGGCAUUUUGUAUUGUUUUUCAUGGUUGUUAACAUUGUGUAAUAUGUCUCUCUAUGAAGGAACUAAAAUAUUUCACUUCAAAAAAAAAAAAAAAAAAAAGUCCUGGAGACCCUGUCUUUUUUGAAUAUAAUUAACUGGCCCCUGACUCAAAAUAGCCAUCUGUGUUGUACUCAUUGCAGAAUCUAUAUUCUCUUGUUACUUUAAAAAGAAAUGUUUUUUUUUCUCCAUGGCUAUUAUGCUUCUCUCUCGCCCUCUCCUUUCUUCAUUGUUCAUUUUAAUUUUUAAUGUUUCUCUGUGGUCAUCAGAUUUAUUUUUUACUCGCAUUGUGAGAUUUGUCUUCACCGAGAUCCCCUAUUAUUGUAGAGGUGGCAGGUUCACCCAUUCCCGACUUCAGCGGGUCCCUGAGCAUGGAUUUUUUUAACCCCCUCAGAGUGGACCGAGCAAUAUUAAGACUGGAGAAAUAGUCAAUACCAACAAGAAGCUCCCUUGUCACACAUCUUUGCCUCAAAGCGUGCUUGCGUACAUUUCCGAUCUCAGCAAUGGGCAAAAUCUAAAAUAAAGGGGAUUGAAGCACUGGCCUUCA